AUCUGAUAAGUAGAUUCUUUAAGUGGUAUGUUCCAAAUUCCUCCACCACAUUUCUUUAAGUUUUCCUCGUGCUCACAGAAUUACAGCAUCCCAUUUUAGAAGAACGUAAUCUCGCCGAACAUUAUUGGUUGGCCCAUAUCCAAAACGUUUUCCAGUUCCAUAAAUAUUACAAGCGAUUAGGCGACUUCAAAGAGCGCUUCCCCAAUUCUCCCCAGAAAACCCAUUCAAAAUGCCCUUCCCCUUUCCAUAUAAUAAUGCUAUCAGCAGCAAGAUGGGUGCCGUGCCCCCAGUUUCCGCGGGAGGAGGUCACCAGAACCCGAACCCCCUCCAAGACGUUACGAAAAUGGCGUUCCAUCUGGCGGAGCGAGUGAGAGCGGGAUGGCAUACCACUCGCUGAUAAGCAACCAAUGGCAGGGAGAUAUAUACAUGGAGAUAUAUGUAGAGGGAGUGGAAGCGAGAGAGCGGGUGAGUAAGCCACUUGAGCAUGAGAACAGGUCGGGCGACUCGACUACCUGAGGAUCGGUUCGGAUCGGCGGAGCAGAGAGAGAGGGAGGAACCCAACCGACCGGAUUCUGGCAGAAUCGAAGUAGUGCCCGCUCUGGGACUCCGAGAGACAGUCUCAAUCUGGAUAGCAAAGCGAUCAGUUCGUGUUCCAGUCGUCGCUUUAAUAGAUUUCGAUAUACUACGGAAUAAUAUCACCAGCAAUAAAAAGAAGAUCAUAUCAUAUCGCCACAACAAAAACCCCAACAUGUUGACCUUGCCCAACAUCGCCGAUCUGCGCCUGCAGCAGCAGAUCGCCCAGGAGAUAUACCGCCAUCAGAUUAUGCAACGAUUACCCGAUCCCCUGUGCGGACUACUGCCCAAUUUCGCCGGACACUUUGUGCCCCCGCCGCCACCACCGCAACCCACAUUGCCCGGAGAUGUGGAGGCCAAGCUGGAGAACAACGAUCUGUGGCAACAGUUCCACAGCAUCGGCACCGAGAUGAUCAUCACCAAGUGCGGCAGACGCAUGUUUCCAUCCAUGAGGGUUUCCCUUAGCGGAUUGGAGGAGGAGGCCAGCUAUUGCGUGCUCCUCGAGAUGGUGCCCAUCGGCGACUGUCGCUACAAGUUCUCCGGAUCCCAGUGGGUUCCGGCCGGAGGAGCUGAGCCACAGAGUCCUCAACGGAUGUAUCUGCAUCCGGAGAGUCCAGCCACCGGAAAGCACUGGCAAUCCCAAGCCCUGCUCUUCAGCAAGGUGAAACUGACUAACAACACACUGGAUAAUAAUGGACAUAUCGUCCUCGCCAGCAUGCACAAAUAUCAGCCGCGUCUGCAUGUCAUACGUACCUCUGAUCUCGGCCAGAUUCCCUGGGCCCCCCAGCAGGCCUUUGUGUUCCCGGAGACGGAGUUUAUAGCCGUUACGGCUUAUCAGAAUGACCGCAUAACCAAGCUGAAGAUCGACAACAAUCCCUUUGCCAAGGGAUUCCGUGAGUCGGGUCAGUCGAGAUGCAAACGGAAGAUCAAUGACUCGCCACCGCCAUCGCAGGCCGAGGUAACCCAGGUGGAUGCCAGUCCGAUGGCAUCGCCGUUAGCUAAACGGUUGCGACUGGUGGAGGAAAUUCCUCAGCAUCAUCAGAGUCAUCAGAAUGUUCCGAUGAUGCAGCGUCACUAUCUGCUGGAUACUCUGGAGGCUAAUUUCUAUUUGCCAGCGCCACCGCCGCCGCCGGCCAUCGACUAUGCCAGGCACAUCGGAGGAUAUCCAAGUUGGGCCUACACCCCGCCAUCGCCGGCCUCCUCCGUCUCCUCCUCGUCAGCGGGCUCCACCAGCGGCGAGUCCGCUGCCGAGCGAGAGGCUGAUGCCGACACCUUUGUGGAUGUGGUUGGUACUGCUCCUCCUCCUCCACCACCUCCUGCUGUUCCUGCUUCAGCUUCAGCUCCAGUUCCAGCUACCUCUCCCAGCGAUCCAAUGCCCAAGCCGAAACGCAGCAGCUUCAGCAUCUCGGACAUAUUAGGAACCAGCUCGUCCAUUUAAACCAAGUCCAGUCGGGUGCAUGUGCUCCCAUUUGGGCCUGAAAUCGGUGCCUUGUACAUUUAAUUAGCGUUUAGUUGCCAUCGUCUGCGUAGUGUCUAAGCUGAAUUGUGAUAUUUUGCAGUUAAUUAGGAUUUCCAGGUAUUUGCCAUCAGUAUUUAUCGUAUUUAUUAUGCAAUUUUAAUUGUUCACAUGAUUUCGUAAUGGAUUUAUUGUCUUUGGCAUUUUCAAUGCGGCAUAAAUAAAAUAGUUGUAUACAUA